ACGGAAAGCAAAUCAUAUGUAUGGUACCGCUUCAAAAGAGAGGGAACACACGCCCAAGGCCAGGAUGGUAGAUGGAUCAAAUGCUGGUUGACCGGACAAGUUGGUCAAUGUGCACUCUAAUGGCAAUUCGCGGUUUGCCCAGUCCAGACGUAUAACUUCGUAUUCAGCCCACCGUUAAUGCGCAUCCAGGGGCUCAAGCUUCUAAUCAAAGUUGCGGCGACAAUGAUCCUAGGCAUGCCAAAUACCUACCCACAACUCUUGACAACACUGAAAGCAACUGAUCCCAAAUACGCUCUUUCAAAUGUGGAGAGUCAGGGGUGGGGACUAACUCCCCUUCCACAAGUAUUCACAAACGCAAAGGCCGCUUGGGCUAUUGACUUCUCGGAUUUUACUGAAUUCUACGUCUUUGGUAUGGACUACUUCCCAAAUUUCCAGCAGUGUGUUUGCGGAUUUCCUAAUAGUCUGUAUAUCUCCUGCAAAUUCAGCCAUUGUAUCAAAGUACUGCAGCGUUAACGUGCCCGUGACAUUCUUCAAACGCUAUUUUUCCUGUGGAGUGGAUCCAUUAGGACAACCUUAAGUCAUACUCAAGACCUAAGGGACUUUUCCCGGAUAAAGCCAC